AUAUCAAGAAAACAAACAGAUAACGGGAAGGCAAAUCAUAUCUGACAAUUAUCUUGCAUAUUUACUUGAUGCACUCUUAGCGUACUUUCGUUUCCUGUACAUGUAAUGAUGAUUGGUAUGAGGUAGAUCGGAAAUAUGCAGACCAGCUCCAUCGUGGCGUCCGUGGUUAUUAGCUGUUUUCUCAACACUCUUAUAGACUUUUUCAAGGACAGUUUGCAAGAGGACCAAAAGUCGGAGACAAAUGGUAGUCAAAUUCUUGCUUUGAAAUUAAAUGUGCUUAAUCAUGAGAAAUGGGUGAAUGAAACUUUACAAGGAAAUAUAACAGCGUUAGAAUCGAAACUAACAAAAACGGAGAAAGUUGCCUUGGGAGAGUGCCAGAAGAUCACCAAUUAUUUGCAGACGAACAAAAUGGAGAUACAAACACUGGAAGAGAAGCAGAAAGAACAGCAUAAAGUUAUGUUAGAUCAAGAGAGGAGACUUCGUAGUAAUGAGAAGGCUUUUGUUGAUCUGGAGAAAAAAUUGAAUAAUAUGGAAAACGAACUUGAAAAAUAUAAAACAUCACAGAAUGGCCAGAUUGACCCAGCUGAUCCAUCCACAUCCUUAAUUCAAAUAAUUCAACAGCAAUCACAAGCCUGUCUUCCAAUCACUGUGUUCUUGCUGACUGUUGGAGAGGUUGUGUUGUUUAUAUUGGUCAUUGUGUCCCGAAAGGUGAAGAUAGCAGUACCAAGUGAGAACGGAUUACCUACAGAAGCAGCUGAUAAAAAUAAUAGAAAAAGAAAGCAGAGGAAAGACUCGUGAUGAUAUCUAAAAAACUUCAGAAUUUUGUAUUUACUUAAAAAUUCGCUUGACAGAUGCUGAAGUUAUGACCUUUUGAUCCGUCGUCUUAAAUUGUUAAAAACUAGUGUUUUACGAUUUUAAAUUAUUUUUGAAAACUUAUAACAAUAAGUCAGCUUAAGCCAAACUUUCCAAAGAUAUUCUUGUUUUAAGAGAAAUCACAUUUAAUCAGAUCACUAGUGAAUUGAAAAUUUAAAAAAUUGGGCUGAAAUUUUUCUUACUGCUUCAUAUACAGCUCCCUAGAGCCGUGAUGCACAAAUCGAUAAAACAUCAAAAGGAGUAGACAACUGUGUUCAUCUGACGAGAGAGCAGUUAUUUGGGUCCUUCUACUCCAUGCAAAAGUUUUGGAAAAGUGUAAAAGCACAAUACUUUUGAAAAAGGGUAUUAU